CCUUCUACUCCACCUACAGCUGCAGGAGUGUUUAACAGAGUUAAGUUUUAAUUUCCAAAACAUUUUAUUAAGAUAAAAAAGAAUAAAACAUUACCCAAAAAUUAAUAAAUUAGAAAAAUGAGACAGAGUAGGUAAUAAUAUCUUGAAAAUCUUGAUGUCUGUCACCAGACAAAAUAAAUAUGAGAUUCAUGUGAAUUAGAUAAUGACUUAAGUAGUGCACAAGACUGGAACAAGAGUUCAAAGUCCUCAGAAAGGUGGUCCUGUGUCUUGAGACCUGCAGCCGUUCCUGGAGAGCAGCUGGGACGAGGAGGAGGAGAGGGGGGCUGGAGGCAGCCGUCAUCAGAGGAGCUCAGAGUGAGUUGUCAGCUGGCUGAGCAGAGCAUGGUGGCAGAGCAGAGCAGAAGGACAGGGUGUUGCUGUUGGGCUUUGGCCAGGAGAGUCAGAGGAGCCAAACACUUUGGAUCACACGUCCGACUCCUCAAGGUGUAGAUAUGUUUGAUAACUCUAACUACCCCUUCAACUGUUUUAACUACGAUGGAGACGGAUACCCUUCCUCAAGCACAGACGAAGAGAAGAAAAUGUGUCGGCCCGCUUACAGCUACAUAGCCCUGAUAGCCAUGGCCAUCCAGCAGAGCCCCGAUCAGCGAGUCACUCUGUCGGGCAUCUACGAGUUUAUCAUGAAGAGAUUUCCUUACUACCGCUCCAACCAGAGAGCCUGGCAGAACUCCAUCAGGCACAACCUGUCUCUCAACAGCUGCUUCAUCAAGGUUCCUCGCACAGAGGGUAAUGAGAAAGGGAAAGGAAACUACUGGACUUUUGCCACCGGCUGUGAAUCCAUGCUCGACCUGUUUGAAAAUGGAAACUUUCGGCGACGCCGGCGCAGGAGGAACAUGAAAAUUGGCUUCCGUGAUUCAGGUGAACCUCCUUUCCACCCUUUGGAGAGCCACAGCAAUCAGCGCAUGCCUGCAGCUCGCCGCCCUGAACCCGACUCCACUCUCUGCCCUUUGAACCCUGAGAGGCCGAGGCCGGGCCCCCAGCAAAACCAUCUUAUCUCAAACCCCACCCAGCAGGGGAAACCAGAGUCAGAGAUCAAGUUUAGUAUUGACUACAUCCUAUCCACUCCAGAUCCACCUCUGCCUGGGUUCAGAUCCUCCCACGGCCCGGUUCACAUAGGGCCCACGGGGCCGCCCAUACACGUUCUGGAGCCUCAACAUCUGAACCUGCACUUCUGGACUCUGUGAGAGGAGAGGAAAGCAGAGACUGAACUUAUUCCUUCAUCGUCACCUGUGUCCAACACUGGGACGUACUGCGAGGACAUCUAAAGACAGAAGAGAAACUCCACAAGAGGAAUUUUACUGACUUGAAAAUGUAAAUGAAGAACAAAGUAUAGAGGUACAGUAUUAUGAGAUGGAUUCUAGAUGGAAAAAAGUCACUGAGCAUCAUGCUGUCUAAGAAUCCAUCCAAAAGAUAAAAUGUGAACAAUACAGAACAAUACAGCAAAGCAUUCAUAUUGUUAUUAAACUGUAUGUGCAGUGUCCAGUGCUGACCUAGACUAGGUUUACAGUAUACCUAUAUGUAUAUACACGAGAGCUGAUGUCUUCGAAACUGCUUUAAAAAUCAUAUUAGGAAAAACAAACCGCAUUUUUUUAGACUUCUUUGAUUCUCAUUGCUCAUUCGCUUAGCCAGAGGCAGUCUAUUAAACCUUAAUAUGAUUUA